GUGGCUGCAGCUCCGAUUAGACCCCUAGCCUGGGAACCUCCAUAUGCCAUAGGUGCACCCCUAAAAAAAAGACCAAAAAAUGAAGUUUAUGUUAGCAAGGUGACAGAAUAGGAAGUUCUGAUGCUCUUCCCCCACCAUUAAUGGAUAAAAAUACAUUUAUAAGAGUUCCCAGAUCUAAAUGGGAAGUUACAGGACCCUGGUGGAGCACAGAACAAGAAAAGGCAGAUUGCAAGGAAUACAAAGAAAAAUCUCAGCUUUCCCACGUCACCCCUCUCCCCGACUGGCACUGCUCUGCACCCAUAGACUCUUUCAGCCCAUGAGGAAGGAUAAGAGAGCAAGCCCGCCCCUGGACAUGUGUGUCUGUGUGUGUGUGUCUGUGUGCACACCUGUGAGUACACACACAUAUCGUAUGUAUCACACACACAGUCCAUUCUCAUUCUUCUCUAUUAUUUUCUAUAGAGUCAGCAUGGACCCCAUGGGAUUUGAAAAUACGGAACUACUGUUCCUAUGGAAAGCACAGAGGUUAAGUUCCUACAAGCCUCUUGGCAUAACGUUUUCAUCAGUCGAUGAAGAGUUGGUCAAUAAAUAACCUUAUUUUAUGUAUUUCGAUUUAAGGACACAAUUUUUAAUACAUGGUUCUCACUAGCAAUUAACUGCAUAAUCUUUAAGUAAUUAAAAGCCAGAAGCUUCGGGAGGCCACUUGUUUUCUAUACAUUCAUACGCCAACAUCCUUAUACUAAGCCAGUCUCAACAGUGUUAAAAACUCGUUCUUCCAAAUAAUCACUUUCCUGUACACAUAACAGACAUUUAAAAAUUCUUCUGUAGCUUCCUGAUGAGCAGAACCUGCGUCCGCUGUAAGAUCAAUACCGUUCAUGCCUCUUUGCUUUUUGAAACAUACAGGCCAGCCAGCACCUAAUCAAGAAGCGUUUGACAUUUUUUUCAGCCUGGGUGAGCUGAUUCAUUUUUUUGUCCUCACAACAGUAUUGGAGGACAAACAAUUAGUUGUCAUCUCAUCAAUCCAACAAUUUACUAUCUUCUCCAUCUUUUCCCCCUCUUCAUUACACACUGUAGGUGUCACUGGUACUUUUCAGAUGGUUUCGUAUACAGGUAGGCAAAUUUCCUCUUCCUUUGUCUGGAUGUGCUAUGUUUUUGAUCCACAGCCAAUAGUUAGCACAAUACUUGAUGGUAACCAAGUCAUCUUCUCCAUAAGACACAUCACAACGUUCCUGCACUUAGGAACACUAGAUAAAUAUUAUUCUGUGCUUGUGUACUUCAUAAAUAAAUUUUAAAAUUUUUAUUUAUUGCAGUGCACUCCAGCACUACACUUGGAAGCUGUUAGAAACAAUGAGGUCAUCAACAGAAAUCAGCAAAAUAAGAAAAAUAUAGCACUGAGUAUAAUGCAAAAUGACUCUUGUUUACAAUGUGAGAACUGAAAUUUAACGUCAGCAUCUCACGUUGUGCAGCCUCAGCUAGGAAUGUGCAUGUCAGGCAACUUCAUUUGUCCCAGCUCGCUGCGUGUCUUCGGAUGACUGGGAAAGUGUAAUAAUAUUUAUUUGGAGCUACAAAUAAAUUUUUGAGAGAAGGCAAAUUUGCAAGUAUAGAAUCUCCAAAUAAAGGGGGUGUGAUAUAUGUAUGUCAUUUAUAUGACGCAUACUGAAGACAAACAUAAAACAAUAACUAAAUUUAAAAUUCAGUGAUAAAAUUCCAAGGUGUACAAUUGAAAAAAAUAGUGAUUUUGACACAGAAAAAGAUUCAAGAGAUUUUUUAGAGGUCUUAAAGAAGCCUGGAAUACAUACAGGUAAAGUCAAGCCGUAAACCUCAAUGGCUGAGAACUACCUGUUCAAAGAUGUCAGUUUCCACAGUGUUGUUUACAUGCAAUUCCGUUUUCUUUUUUCUUUUUAGAUUUAUUAUUAUUAUUAUUAUUAUUAUUAUUAUUAUUAUUAAAGUAUAGUUGAUUUACGAUGUUCUGUCAAGUUCUGUUGUACAACAAAGGGAUACGGUUCAAUUUUCAACGAAGUUGCAUUUUUACGUUUCAUAUAAUUGAGUGAGUUUUCUGUGUUAGAAACAACAGAGGAAAGGAGUUGCCAAGGGCGGUUUUAGGGGAAGAAACGGGAAGAGGCUGGUAAAAGGAUACAAACUUUCAACCGUAGGAUGAAUAAGGUCUGAGGAUUUAGCAUGUGACAUGGGCACUAUAGUUAAUAACCCUCUGUUAUCGAAUCAAAGUUUGCUAAAGAGCAGAACUUAAAUGUUCUCUUCCUCUCUCUCUCUCUCUCUCUCUCACACUCACACACACACACAUGUUCUCACACACAGACAAAUAUGUGAGUUGACAGACAUGUUAAUUAACCAGAUGAAGGGGUCGUACUUCUGCACCGUAUGCACAUAUAAAACUACUCUGACAUGCAUUGAAAAAAAUUCAGCGGACUUUAUUCUGAUUCAUUACGAAAGGAAAAAGUAUAUCUCAUGACUUGAAAUGGGUUAUAGUAUAAAAUGUUAAAGUCUACUAUGACUUAAAUACUUAAAAUCAUAUGAAUAUGAAAAUUAUGACAUAAAAGUAAACCAAAUAUCAAUCAAGUUGACAUUAGGAUGGAUGCUAGUUUUUUCUUUAUGUUUUCUUCUAGUAAAAAUAGAAGGCAUUGUUUAAAACCAAGGGAGUAAAUACUAUCUUUAUUUUUUAAAUUUAUAUAUAUGGUAGUAUUCAAAACAAACUAUUCGAACAUUCCAGCCAUCCUGCCGAAAGGCCGGCUCCGGACAACUGAGGAAGACUCAGCUCUUUCCCUCUCCCUUUUCUGGGAUUUUCCUGUUAUUAACCUGUCAGCUCUAAACACUGAGAACCUGAGUUCUGAACUCAAAUCUUUAACUCCCAAAUGUUUCUUUCACUGACGCUGUAGGGUGACCCUUCCCCACCAGGGCCCAUGGGAGCCUCCGAAACGGGCAAACAUGUUUAUAACUGAGCUCACUGGGAAGAGGUGGAAGCCGUGGAGCUUCUCUCAAGCGAGACAGGUGCGGUAAGGCUGCGCAGCUGCCCUCAUUUCUGUCGUGGGCUAAGUGGGCAGUAGCCAGAUGGGAGGUGUUUCAGCGCUCGUGUCAGAGCCAAGAGGCUCUGAAAAACAUGCUUGGAUGAGAUUUCUUGGGGCACCUGAGCCCAUGUAGGUUUGUGGCCCCUGAUGAGAUGGCCUCAAUUUUACUCAGUUGAUGUGGCUUCCACUUUCCUGGAGAAUAAAUGUGUGCAUGGGCGUCUCUGCUUCGUUCAGUCCUUCGGAGAAGAAAGCCAACAAGGGGAAGGAUGGGACUGCAGCCCUAUGUUCUGAACAAACCUUAGAAAUCAAUGAUAGUUGAGCCGCGUUUCUUGCUGCCCAAUUCUGUCUUAAAUGCAUUAUGCCAUUUUCCUUUUAUAAAAUCCUUGCCUCAAGAGCACUUGCCUCCUAGUGGUUCAUGUAAACUUUGUAAAGCCUUACAUAACUGUAGUGUAAAUGAUAUAAAAAUGGUAUAAGUAGUAUAAACUGUUCACGCACUAUAGUGUUUGGGGAUUAGUGUUGACACUAAUCAAUUUAUGGUGAUUCCGUGGCUCAUCUUAAAUUUACAUAGAACUCAUUUACCAGAAAAAUAAUAAUACUCCCUUACCUUGACCUUUGCUCAUUUUCUUCAUUCCAUUCCCUAGAGCAAAAAGCAAAUACGUGAAAGGAUAUGAUCUCUGCCAAGUAACAAUUUGUAAUGGAAUAAAAGGGAAUGAUGUAGAAAAAUAAAAAUAUAACAUCUCAAAACUACCACUUGUAAUUUGGCAUAUGCCCAAACUAUUAUAACUAAAAUCUAAAAAAAAGUAUAUUUUUUAUUCAAAAUCUUCUAUCAUCCUGCAUCUUUUACUCUAUUUUGUAUUUUAAAAUAGCACUUUUGUUACUGAGUUAUUCAAACCAAUGGCUCUUACAUACUCUUCGGCUUUCAAUUGAUAGUCCUUUCUUAUCAGUGGAGGAUUUUAGAUUUCUAUGUACUUCACUCCAAUUUUCGAUACCUAGAUAUGUUCGCUUAUUUAGCAUCUAUAGAAUAACCACAUUGCAAAUUACAACUCUGAAAUAGCAUUUCACACUCCAGCAGACGAUAAAAUAAUUUCCGUCUAAAUAUUUACAGACUUUGCCUUGAUUCCAUGGGCUGCAGUCCCCUGCGUUCUGGCUUAACUUCUCAGAGGCUUCAAAAUGUAUGUUAUUUGUUUGCUUCAGAGGAAAAUCCAUGAAGGAAAAAUUAAAACAUCUGAGACCGGUUAUGCCAGCAUACAAUAAGACGGAUGUCCAUCCGUCCACCUUCAUUCUCAUCGGCAUUCCUGGGUUGGAGGCUGCUCACAUCUGGAUCUCCAUCCCCUUUUGUGUGGGCUACCUUUUGGCUCUCCUGGGAAACUGCUCUCUUCUCUUUAUCAUCAAGACAGACUCCAGCCUCCACGAGCCAAUGUACCUCUUCCUCUGCAUGCUGGCUGUGGCUGACCUCAUUGUGUGCACCACAGCCGUACCCAAACUUCUCAGUAUCUUCUGGUUCCAUGACAGAGAGAUUCACUUUGAAGCAUGCCUCAUCCAAGUGUUCCUAAUUCACUCCUGCUCCACCAUGGAGUCUGGCUUCUUCCUGGCCAUGGCCUUUGACCGCUAUGUAGCCAUUUGUAAUCCGCUAAGACACUCCGCUAUUCUGACCCAUGCUGUGACUUGGGGGAUGGGUCUAGCUGUUGUGCUCCGGGGCACAGCCCUCCUUAGUCCUCACCCCUUUCUGCUUCGGUGGCUGCCCUACUGCAGAACCAAUGUCCUUUCCCACACCUACUGUGAGUUUAUGGCCCUCAUCAAGAUCGCCUGUGCGGAGACGAGAGUCCUCAGAGCCUACAGCCUCGCUGUUGCCUUCCUUACAGGAGGAGUGGACUUCCUAUUGAUCAUCUGUUCCUAUGUCCUCAUCCUCCACACUGUCUUCCACCUCCCGUCCAAGGAUGCCCGCCUCAAGACCUUGGGCACCUGUGGCUCCCAUGUGUGUGUGAUCCUGGUGUCCUAUACCCCAGCCUUCUUCUCUUUUCUCACCCACAGGUUUGGGCACCACGUGGCAGCCCAUGUCCACAUAUUUGUGGCCAACAUCUACCUUCUGGUCCCACCCAUGGUGAACCCUGUCAUCUAUGGGGUGAGGACCAAGAAGAUCCGGGACAGGUUCCUUAAAUUUUUCAGUGCUUCAAAACCUCUGAACUAAAUCAUUUAUUUUGGGUUGAGUAAUGUCUAAACAAAAGUUAUAUUAUCUAUCUUUGAAUGUGUGGUUUUUCAUCAAGAUUUUCUUUUAAUUGUUCAAGAGUUAAGGUUUUUCUAUGGAAAGUAACUUAUCCAAAAAGAGUUAUCAGUUAUUAUCUCUAUGUUGUAAUAAUGAUUAAAUUAAGGAAGAUAUAUUAUCAAGUAAGACCCUUUGUCAAUGAAAUAAUGGUCCAAAAAUGGAGAUGUAUCUGAGGCUAAAAACAAGAGAAAUUUAAAAUCGGCAUGACAUGUAAACAUAUACUUAUGGUUUAUGGUAUAAGACUUACUGUCAGAUUUUCUAUCAGAGCCUUACUAUCAGAAAUUUCCCUCCUUUUUUGCUAUAGUUCUUCCUUCUUGACUAAAUGGUCUUCUUUCUCAAACACAUGCUUUAAAACUUUCUUUUUUUAAUCAUUUAUU